ACAAUGCAUAUACAGGUCCGUGUCGAGCGCUGCAUCAGAAUGGAUACCCUCUGGCUUGUGUGACGCUGUAUUCUGUCUUCUUCUUGGCCCUCGGGAUUCAUUUCCCGAGGUGGAGUUCCCAGCAUCUUUUCCCCGGAUUUGACUGCUCCACCUCCCUCCAUCUCUCGAUCUGGGUGGUGCUGCUAACCCGAAAUCCGCACGAGCAGACGGGAUUACACCUCCGGGCAAAGCAUUUCUACAGACUUGUUCCCAGUCAAUUCCUCACCGACAGCACAUCACAUCAUAUACUACCGCGACCAUGGGCUCCCACGCAUUCCAGUCAGUCGUACAGAACCGGCUUUUUCACCUCGACUCCAUCAAUGUCGAGGACUUCAAGCACGUCUGCUCGCAGACCACCGAUCCCGCCAGCUACCCGCUGGCUGCCACCGUGGAGAAGAACAUUCCCAUCUACGAUGCCACCCGCUUCGACCCCCUGAACGCGGCGACCACCCCGGCCCUCCAAUCCGAAUGGCACCACAUUCUGGAAUCCGGGCCGGGCAUCUUCGUGUUGAAAGGCAUGUACCACCCGUCUCGAUACGGCGAUACGCUGGCCGCCACCAACACCGCCUUUCAACACAUCAUCGACAAAGAACGGCAAUCCCCCCUCGGUCCCAAAGGCGACCACUUCGCAGCGAGCGGCAAAAACGACCGCAUCUGGAACUCGUUCAGCAAACACGCGUUCGUCGACCCCUCCUCCUUCAUCCACUACUACAGCAACCCAUGGCUCCGCACCGUCAGCGAAAGCUGGCUGGGCCCGGCCUACCGCGUCACCGCCCAAGUCAACAUCGUCAAGCCGGGCGGCGCCGCCCAGGAGAGCCACCGCGACUACCACCUGGGUUUCCAGGAGCUGGACCGCUGCGCGGCCUUCCCGCGGAGCGUCCAGCUAGCCAGUCAGUAUCUGACGCUGCAGGGGGCGGUGGCGCACAGUGACAUGCCGGUGGAGAGUGGACCGACGCGGUUCCUCCCGUUCAGCCAGACAUAUGCGCCGGGGUAUCUGGCGUGGCGGCGGGAGGAGUUCCGGGCGUUUUUCAAGGAACGGUAUGUGGCGCUGCCGUUGACGUUGGGGGAUGGGGUGUUUUUUAAUCCGGCGGUGUUUCAUGCGGCGGGGGCGAAUGGGAUGGAGGAGCGGACGGGGUUUCAGCGGAAGGCGAAUCUGUUGCAGAUUGGGUGUGCAUUGGGGAAGACGAUGGAGCAUGUUGAUGCCGUGCCGGUGGUGGAGAAGUGCUGGGAGGAGGUGCGUGAGAUUUAUCGGAGGGAUGGGCUGAGUGCGGAGGUGGAGGCGUGGGUGGGCGCCGUGGCGGAUGGAUAUCCCUUUCCUUCGAAUUUGGAUCGGAGACCCCCGGCCCCGAGUGGGAUGGCGCCGGAGAGUGAGCAGGAGAUGGUGCUUCGGGGGUUACGGGAGGGUUGGGGGAGAGAGAGGAUUGGGGAGGAGUUGCGGGGGUUGCAGCGGGAGAGCAGAGGACAUCAGGAGGUGUAACCAUCCUAACAGGAUACAGUAGCUGAUCAUGGUAUUUAUUCUCGAGCUAUAGCUUACUAUGUCAGGUUCAAUACGAUGGCCAACUAAGUCUUAUCUGAGCAAGCCCAGUGGUGUUCACCCAUGGCAUCCCUACAAUGCCUGUCAUGGCACUCCGAUAACCCUGAGCAUGACCGGUAACAGUUUUCUG